CACACACGCGGAAAGGCGCGCACGCACGCACGCAUGCAUAGAGUGGUCAGAAUGACACAGGUCUGAGUGGAGGGAGGUGAUCUCUGAAAUUGCUCAGUGAGCUCUGCUAAUUUCCUUGAUUUGUCAAGCUGUCAAUCAAAGCCAAUGGAAACCAAUCAGAAGGCAGGGGGGGAGGGACUAGCGGGAGCGCAGAAGGAGGCGGGGCUAAGGGCACUGGUGCAGAGGACGGGGUACCGCCUCCAGCAGGAGAACGGCCAGCGGCGGUACGGCGGGCCCCCGCCCGGCUGGGACGGGCCCCCCCCAGAAAGAGGAAGCGAAAUCUUUGUGGGGAAACUCCCGCGAGAUCUCUUUGAGGACGAGCUCGUACCGCUCUGCGAGAAGUUCGGUCGGAUCUUUGAGGUGAGGAUGAUGAUGGACUUCAACGGCAACAACCGCGGCUACGCCUUCGUCACCUUUGGCAACAAACAGGAGGCGCGAGCGGCCACCAAGCAGCUCAACAACUACGAGAUCAGGGGCGGCCGCCUGCUGGGCGUGUGCGCCAGCGUGGACAACUGCCGACUGUUUGUGGGCGGCAUCCCCAAGAGCAAAAAGCGGGAGGAGAUCCUAGCCGAGAUGCGCAAGGUGACCGAAGGAGCCGUGGACGUCAUCGUCUAUCCCAGCGCGGCAGACAAAUCCAAAAACCGGGGCUUCGCCUUCGUAGAGUACGACAGCCACCGGGCGGCGGCCAUGGCGCGUCGCAAACUGCUGCCAGGCCGCAUCCAGCUGUGGGGUCACGCCAUUGCGGUGGACUGGGCCGAGCCUGAGGUGGAGGUGGAUGAGGACGUCAUGGCCGCCGUCAAGAUCCUCUAUGUCAGGAAUCUCAUGCUGCACACCAGUGAGGAGAACAUCCACAAGGAGUUCAAUGCCAUCAAAGCAGGUGCGGUGGAGCGAGUGAAGAAGAUCCGAGACUACGCCUUUGUCCACUUCACGCACCGUGACGACGCCAUUAACGCUAUGAAAGCCCUCAACGGGAAGGUGUUGGAUGGAUCGGCGAUGGAGGUGACGCUGGCCAAGCCGGUGGACAAGGACAGCUACGUGCGCUACACGCGAGGGACGGGAGGUCGAGGAGGUCGAGGAGGCCGAGGGGCUCCGCCGCCGCAGGACGACUACACUGCCCUUGCCCUGGGCCAGGUGUACGACCCCACCGUGGCGUACCUGGGGGCGCCGGUGUUCUACGCACCGCACGCGUAUGCCGCUGCCGCCCCAGCCCACUUCCGCUUCCCGGCCGCCAAAGGUCACUUCGCAAGUCGCGGCGUGAUGAGGACGCCGUCGGUUCGAGAAGUUUACAUGAGUGUGCCUGUAGGGGCUGCGGGGGUGCGUGGGCUGGGCGGGCGGGGCUACCUUACAUACGCAGCGGGGAGCGCUGGCGGCUCGUGUCGCCCGGGCGCCGCCCCCAAGCAAGCUGACGACAAGCUGUACGACCUUCUGCCUGGCAUGGAGUUGACGCCCAUGACGCCGGCCGCUGUCGGCCUCAAACCCGCCGCCCUCAAGCCGGCGCCGCAGGUUCUGGAAGAGCUGUGCGAGAAGAACAGCUGGGGGGCGCCGGUGUACCAGCUGCACUCAGCCAUCGGACCUGACCAGCGCCAGCUCUUCCUCUACAAGGUCACCGUCCCAGCGUUGGCUACGCAGAAUCCCAACAUGCUCCCGUUCACGCCAAGCAAGCUGAGCGCCGCUGUGGACGAAGCCAAGGCGCACGCGGCUGAGCACACGCUGCACACACUGGGGCUGGCCGCGGAGGGCCCCGACGCCACCCUCACCACGGUGGCCUUCCCAGGUUACGCUUUGGCCGCUCCGGCGCCGGGGGGCGUGAAGCAGGACGGCGUCGCUGGGGUGGCCGCGUACGCCGCCUACGAGACCUACCCCGCCUACGCCGUGGCCACGCGACACGGCGACGCCUACGGUGUGUUCUAAGAGCUCCCGGGCCGCUUUUACUGAGAAGGCACAGAACGGUCUCCACCUCGGACGCCGUUUUCAGCCGGCCGCCAUUUUCCCUCCUUUUGGUCUUAAUCCACACGCACGGGACGUUUACAUUUUGCUCCCACGAUGGGCUCGCUGCUCGCCUUCACCCUG